UCGCGGGUAGGUGCGGGACGGCGGGGAGAGGAGGAGCCGGCCGGGCCGGGCGGAGCGUGCGCCGGAGCAUGUGUGCCGCCGUCAGGUUCUUUAUCUCCGGGGCAGGAGGAGCCCCGGCGGCCGGGAGAGCGGGGGACAGAGCAGCCUCGGAGGUUUGCAGUGAAACUUGGACGGGCCAGAAGUUUUAUUAUCCAGGACUUUAAACUCGCUGUGAUGAGGGCGGUUGAAAUUAGCCUUUGGUGCAUAAGCUCUCUUAUAUCCAGGGAAACCUUGAUGCUUUACUUGGUUGUGGGAAAACAUGUUGGUUAUUUCAAAUAAAACCCCCAAACUGGUAGAAAAACUAGUUAGCGCCUUUUUUUUUUUUUAAAGGUAGGAACAGUAUUCGUAGGAGCUUCCACAUUUUUGUCGAGUUGCAGUUUUUUAAGAGUUGUGAAUUUUUUAAUUGAAUUCUUUUACUGAAUUAUUCAUUCAAAGUACAUAGGGGAUACGAGGAAUCAUUGUCACUCAUUUGUUUUUACAUAGGGUCACUUUCACUUUCUUUUCUAGAUCUUUGGAUUAAGUCUGCAGUAUUUGGCUUAUAAAGGUGUAAGGCUAACGUUUUAUUUUAAAAAACCAAAAACCCGAACCCGUUGCCGUCGAGUCCAUUCCGACUCAUAGGGACCCGGAAGGACAGAGUAGAACUAUCCCAUAGGGUUUCCAAGGAGCGCCUGGUAGAUUUGAACUGCUGACCUUUUGAUUAGCAGCCAUAGAUCUUAACCACUAUUCGUCCUGGGUUUCCUUGUUUACUUAAGUAUAAUGAAAAUCGAGGUUGCGUCUUUUUAAAGCAUGUGUGUGUGUGUGUCAAAGUGGAAAUGCAGCAAGAACGUGAGUUACAUUGUUUACGAGAAACUAGAGUGUAACAGUUUAUUUUUCACAUGUGUUGAUAUUAUUGCACCAAGGUAUGUGGAGUGCCACGAUGUUUAAAUAGCUAUGUGUGUGUAUAUAUGUAUAUAUAUAUGUCUUUCUUCUAAUGAAAAAAACAAUUCGUUGUAGUGUUUGGUUACUGCAAAGAUGAAAUACAAGGGGCUAAGAAUUUUAAGACUUUUGAAUAAAAGAUUGUAUUUAAAGCAAAGGAGACAAUUGUAAGGUUGAUGGCCUUAUUCCUCCACAUGCAUCCAACUGUGAUCCAUGCAUGCUAACUUUUUAAAUCACGCCGUUGUAACUUCGUUUCUCAUCAGAAGAUGUUGAGAGAAAUUUUAACUUUUCUUUGAAGUAGUUGCUUGGAAGACUUGAUAUUUAUGACAGUAAGUUUUGAAGCUUUACUGAGUAAAGAACAUGUACAUAACCUGAUCAUUCCUGAGUCCCACACAACAUUGUUUGGUGUCUAGAAAGGUUAUUUCUGAGGCAGAUGGAGUUUAGUUUGAUACCUGUGGGUUUUAGGAUAAGAAUUUGAGUGGCUGAAUAUACAAAGGAAGAAGGUACGGUUUUUGUCUGUCUUCCCAAAAUUACAGUGCUAUACAGUUACUGAUGACUGAAUUGUAUGCUUUUGUUAAUUUCUUUUUUCAUUUAAGAGAUCUUUUCCAUCUCAAAACAGUAAUUGGAGCAAGUAAAAUGGUUUGUAUUUGAUCAUUUAUUAAUGAUUAUCCUGAAGGGAUGUUUAUCCCAGGAAAAUAAAGGUUUUUGCUGCUCUUUAACAUUACCGUAAAUAAGGCUGGAUUAAUUUUUUAAAUUACCCUCUUUUGGCUUUCAUAUUCUUUUCCUUCUCCUUCUCUUCCUCUUUUGUUUUCUUCUGUCCCCCCCCCCAAGUUUCAUAAUUUAACUGUAAAGUGGGGAAAGUAAACUUCAUUUAGGUAAUAUUGCUCAAGCUUUUUCCCUGAAUGAGGCUUACGUGUGUGAGACUGACUAAAAAUUUCAACUCAGUUUUACUAUAUAAAUAGUUUUUGUUAUUGCACCACUUCGGAGUACUGCAGUUUUACUUUGUAGACUGUGUGUUUCUCCAGUUUAAACUGUCUUGCCUUCAAUAAAACUCUUUGCUUUUGUUUAAAAAAAAUUCAUUUUAGUUUUUCUCCAUUUAUUGAAAUCUAAUUGCUAUCUGCUUUUCUGUUUCCAAGGAGCCCUGGUGGCACAGUGGUUAAAAACGCAUGGUUGCUAACCGAAAGGUCAGCGGUUUGAACCCACCAGCCACUCCGUGAGAGAAAGAUGUGGCAGUCUGCUUCCAUAAAGAUACACAGCCUCGGAAACCCUGUGGGCAGUUCUACUGUGUGCUGUGGUGUCAUUGUGAGUCAGAAUCGACUUGACAGCAAGUUGAACAAUGACCAUAGUUGACAAAGCUUCUGAAUCUUCAGAACCAUCAGCCUAUCAGAAUCAGCCUGGCAGUUCUGAAGCAGUCUCACCUGGAGACAUGGAUGCAGGCUCUGCCAGCUGGGGUGCUGUGUCUUCGUUAAAUGAUGUCUCAAAUCACACACUUUCUUUAGGACCAGUACCUGGUGCUGUAGUUUAUUCAAGUUCAUCCGUACCUGAUAAAUCAAAGCCAUCACCACAAAAGGAUCAAGUCCUAGGUGAUGGCAUUGCUCCUCCACAAAAAGUUCUCUUCCCAUCUGAGAAGAUCUGCCUUAAGUGGCAACAGACUCAUAGAGUUGGAGCCGGGCUCCAGAAUUUGGGCAAUACCUGUUUUGCCAAUGCAGCCUUGCAGUGUUUAACUUACACACCGCCUCUCGCCAAUUACAUGCUAUCACAUGAACACUCCAAGACAUGUCAUGCAGAAGGAUUUUGUAUGAUGUGUACCAUGCAAGCGCACAUUACUCAGGCACUCAGCAAUCCUGGGGAUGUUAUUAAACCAAUGUUUGUCAUCAAUGAGAUGCGGAGGAUAGCUAGGCAUUUCCGUUUUGGGAACCAAGAAGACGCCCAUGAAUUUCUUCAGCACACUGUGGAUGCUAUGCAAAAAGCAUGCUUGAAUGGGAGCAAUAAAUUAGACAGACACACGCAGGCGACCACUCUUGUUUGUCAGAUAUUUGGAGGAUACCUGAGAUCUCGAGUCAAAUGUUUAAAUUGCAAGGGUGUUUCAGAUACUUUUGACCCGUACCUCGAUAUAACGUUGGAGAUAAAGGCUGCUCAGAGUGUCAACAAGGCACUGGAACAGUUCGUGAAGCCGGAACAGCUCGAUGGAGAAAACUCCUACAAGUGCAGCAAGUGUAAAAAGAUGGUUCCAGCUUCAAAGAGGUUUACUAUACAUAGAUCUUCUAACGUUCUUACACUUUCUCUGAAACGUUUUGCAAAUUUUACUGGUGGAAAAAUUGCUAAGGACGUGAAAUAUCCUGAAUAUCUUGAUAUUCGACCGUACAUGUCUCAACCAAACGGGGAACCGAUUAUUUAUGUCCUAUACGCAGUGCUAGUACACACCGGUUUCAACUGCCACGCUGGCCAUUACUUCUGCUACAUAAAAGCUAGCAAUGGCCUCUGGUAUCAAAUGAAUGAUUCCAUCGUAUCUACCAGUGAUAUCAGAUCGGUACUCAGUCAGCAAGCUUAUGUCCUCUUUUAUAUCAGGUCCCAUGAUGUGAAGAAUGGAGGUGAACUUACUCAUUCCACCCACAGCCCGGGCCAGUCUUCCCCCCGACCGGUCAUCAGUCAGCGGGUUGUCAACAAUAAACAGGCUGCGUCAGGGUUCGUCGGACCACAGCUUCCUUCUCAUGUGAUAAAGAAUCCACCUCACUUAAAUGGGACUGGACCUUUGAAAGAAACACCAAGCAGUUCCAUGUCAAGUCCUAAUGGUAAUUCCAGUGUCAACAGGGCUAGUCCUGUUAAUGCUUCAACAUCUGUUCAAAACUGGUCAGUUAACAGGUCCUCAGUUAUACCAGAACAUCCCAAGAAACAAAAAAUUACUAUCAGUAUUCACAACAAGUUGCCUGUUCGCCAAAGUCAGUCUCAACCUAACCUUCAUAACAACUCUUUGGAGAACUCUUCCAAGCCUGCUCCCUCUUCUACCAUUACCAACUCUUCUGCAAUACAGUCUACCUCGAACACAUCUCCAGUGGCAGUUUCUAGUAAAGUAACAAAACAGAUCACCCCUGGUGAAUCUUGUCCCAAGCCCGUGAUGAAUGGCAAGUCCAAGCUGAACUCAAGUGUGCUGGUCCCCUAUGGCGCUGAGUCGUCUGAAGAGUCUGACGAGGAGUCCAAGGGGCUAGGCAAAGAAAAUGGUCUUGGUACGACCAAGAGCUCUCAUUCUCCUGGUCAAGAUGCUGAGGACGAAGCUUCCCAGCAUGAGCUUCAAGCGCCUAUUACCCUAAAUGGUGCUAACAGUACGGACAGUGACCCGAAGGAAAACGGUCUGCCCUUUGACGGUGCCAGCUGCCAAGUCCAGCCUGCUGCACACUCAGAAAACCCCUUCUCUAAGGCCAAUGGCCUCCCUGUAAAGUUGAUCUCUGCGCCUUUGCCACCCCUCCCAGAAGACAAAAUCCUGGAGACCUUCAAACUUAGCCACAAAGCAAAAGGCUCAGCGGAAGAAACAAGCGCAACUGGAACAGAGAAGAACCCCAAAGAGGAUCGCGAAGCCGAACCAGAGGCUGCCAGGAGCACUCUGGAUCCCUGCGAGAACCUGGAGACAGUUUCAAGUCUCAGCAGCAAGUUAAAGAAGGCGUUGCUUCCCUCUGAGCCCAGUGUCAAAUCUACCAAAGAAGAAGCCUCCGAAAACGGUUGCACAGAACCCGCUGAGUCUUUGCCCAGCACCAACAGUCUCUGUGAUGCCAACCAGAGUACCUUAGGGGAUGAUCCCCUCUCUAAACGGUGUGACCCUGGGAAUUUAACCAGCGAUCAGAUCAAACCAUCACAGGAUACAAAUGGGACGUUAAUAGAGAGUCCACAGGGCAGAGCAUCGGUGGAAGCAGCGGAGAAGGUGGCUCCAGCUCCCUCAGUAAACUCAGAUGGUGAAUGUGAGCAUAAACUCUUGGUUUACGUCAGUAGGGAGAAAUGCCGAGAACUGGAGGACCUUCCUAAAAGCUCAGGCGUGUCCACAGGUGAGCUGCCCUCUCCUCAGUUAGGCCCGAUCACAGAAAAUCACUCAGAUGGGGCCCCUGAGCAAAGUAAUGGUGAGAGAUGCGAAGAAAAUAAGGUCGGGCAGAAAGUUCAGGAUCGUUCUCCAGUCAAGGAAAAAAUCAGCAGCCUCAGGAAGGUCGAUCGAGGACAUUACCGGAACCGACGAGAGCGUUCCUCCAGCAGCGAGCGCGCGAGGGAAAGCAGGAGCAAGACCGAGGAUCGUUACCACAAGCAGCGGCACCCCUACAUCCGGGAGCGGCCCAAGCAGGAGCGCCACAAGCCUGAGCACUGCAACGGGAGUCAGCAGCACCCGGCUCACGGCGAGCGGGGCAGCCCCAGCGAGCACCACUCUCUGGGCCGGUACAGCCACCACCACUCUCGGAACCGGAGCGGGUCAGACCAGGAAUGGAGCCGGUACCACCAUUCAGAAAGUGAACACUGCUGGGGCCGGGAGAAGUACUACCCUGACAAAACACGAUGGGACAAGUGUCGCUACUACCAUGACAGAUACGCCCCUUACACGGCCUGGGAGGGCAGGGAGUGGAAGCCUUUCCACAGCGACCGGGACUACGACAAAGCGGGUCAGUACAGUAACCGGCCAUACAAGGACUACUAUAAGGGCAGGAAGGGCUAUGAGCUGGCUGCUAAAGACAAGGACCGGCACCACUUCAGCAGCCCCAGGGCAGGCCCACCCCACUCGCUUCCUCUGUACCCGGAGAAAUACCCCCACGAGAAAAUUGCACUUGUAGCUGAAGACAUCAGUUGUCACCUAUCCGAUCGAUUUCAUGAACACGAUAACGUAAAGUCACGGAAACGGAGAUAUGGUAGUGUAGAAAUGAAUGACAGCAACGUAGAAAGGAAGGCCCGGAGAAGCUUACAGAAAGAGUCCUUCGAGGAGCCUAAAGUGAAAAAGCACAAAAAGUCAAAGAAGAAAAAGAAAUCCAAAGACAAACACCGAGAUCGGGACUCCAGGCAUCAGCAGGAUUCAGACCUUUCAGUUGCCUACUCUGAUGCUGACCUCCACAGACACAAAAAAAAGAAGAAGAAAAAGAAGAGACAUUCAAGAAAAUCAGAGGACUUUAUUAAAGAUUCAGUACUACACUUACCCAAGGCCACUAGCUAUGAGACUGUUGACCAUAUCCGUCGAGCCGAGGGCGGCUUUCCUCUCACCGAUGGCCAGCCUCUAGAAGGCAUCGGACCUUGCCGCGAGAAAACAAAACAUCUAAGGAUGGAAAGCAGGGGUGACAAGUGUCAUCUCUCUGAGUGUGGCCAGGGUGAUUGAAUGCUCGGCCUCAAUUUACUAGUUAUGAUCCAACGUGUUCAACAGAAGCCAUCCCCAACCCAGCUUAAAUUAUAAAUAUAGAAAAUAACUUUGUUCAAAUCUGCGUGGUGCUUCUUUAGUAAAUACUGUACAGAUUUUACC